UCAGGCCCCAGAACACAACUCAACCUACUAGAUCCAGGGAGCCAAAGCACGCAGGCGCAAACCGAGAAGCGGGAAGUAGAAGGCUAGCGGCACGGGCGCGCGCACGCGGCGUCCAGGCGAGGCGGGAGCGCGCGCUGGGGGCGGGCGCUAAAGCUCUGCCAUGGGGUUCGCGGGGUACUAGGGCGCUGGGCGCCGGGCCCUCAAGCAUGGCUUACAGACCGAAAAGGAAUUUUCGGCAGCGCGCGGCCGAUUCCAGCGACAGCGAUAGCGCUGAGGAGUCGCCUGCUGAGCCUGGGACGUCGACGGAAUUUCCGGCCCCGGGCCCCGCGGAGGAAGAGCCACCCUCUGGAGGAGGCCGCGCGCAGGUGGCGGGACGGCCCCACCGGAUUCGGGGACCUCGCGGCCGGGGCCGAGUCUGGGCGAGCUCUCGACGCGCCACGGAAGCGGCUCCCCGCGCGGACGAAGGCUCGGGCGUCCAAGAAUCCAGAACAGUUGAUGUGUCAACAGAUGAAGAGGAUGAAAUACAUCACUCCUCGGAACGUAAGGAUGAUCAGGGUUUGUCUUCUGACAGCUCUAGCUCUCUUGGAGAAAAAGAACUGUCAUCAGCAGUCGAGAUCCCAGAUGCAGCUUUUAUUCAGGCAGCUCGCAGAAAACGUGAAUUGGCCAGAGUGCAAGAUGACUAUAUUUCUUUGGAUGUAGAACAUGCCUCCACCAUCUUUGGUAUGAAGAGAGAGAGUGAAGACGACCCUGAGAGUGAGCCUGAUGACCAUGAGAAGAGAAUACCAUUUACCCUGAAACCUCAAACACUUAGACAAAGGAUGGUUGAGGAAUCAAAAAACAGAUACGAAGAAACAAGUCAAGAAAGUCAGGAGGAUGAAAAGCAAGAUAUUUGGGUACAACAACAAAUGAGGAAAGCAGUUAAAAUCAUAGAGGAAAGAGAUGUAGAUCUUUCGCAUAGCUGUGGAUCUUCAAAAGUGAAGAAAUUUGAUACUUCCAUUUCAUUUCCACCAGUAAAUUUAGAAAUUAUAAAGAAGCAAUUAAAUACUAGGGACAUGGAUGAAUCUGGAGAACGUCAUCCUCAGCAAACUGACACAAGAACAGAAAAUGAAACACCGCAUAUUCUCACUCAUAGAUUAACGUUACUACAGGAAACUCACCGCUCACACCUGAGAGAAUAUGAAAAAUAUGUACAGGAUGUCAAAAGCUCAAAGAGUACUAUCCAGAACCUAGAGAGUUCAUCAAAUCAAGCUCUAAAUUGUAAAUUCUAUAAAAGCAUGAAAAUUUACGUGGAAAAUUUAAUUGACUGCCUUAAUGAAAAGAUUAUCAACAUCCAAGAAAUAGAAUCAUCCAUGCAUGCACUCCUUUUAAAACAAGCUAUGACCUUUAUGAAACGCAGGCAAGAUGAAUUAAAACACGAAUCAACGUAUUUACAACAGUUAUCACACAAAGAUGAGACAUCCACAAAUGGAAACUUCACAGUAGAUGGAAAAACUCAAUGGAUUUUAGAAGAGAUUGAAUCUCGAAGAACAAAAAGAAAACAAGCAAGGGUGCUUUCUGGGAAUUAUAACCAUCAGGAAGGAACAUCUAGUGACGAUGAAUUGUCUUCAGCAGAGAUGGUAGACUUCCAAAAAAGCCAAGGUGACAUUUUACAGGAUCAGAAGAAAGUUUUUGAAGAUGUGCAUGAUGGUUUUUGUAACAUCCAGAAUAUUUUGUUGAAAUUUCAGCAAUGGCGAGAAAAGUUUCCUGACUCCUAUUAUGAAGCUUUUAUUAGUUUAUGCAUACCGAAGCUUUUAAAUCCCCUAAUACGAGUUCAGUUGAUUGAUUGGAAUCCUCUUAAGUUGGAUUCCACAGGUUUAAAAGAGAUGCCAUGGUUCAAAUCUGUAGAAGAAUUUAUGGAUAGCAGUGUAGAAGACUCAACGAAGGAAAGUAGUUCAGAUAAAAAAAUCUUGUCUACUAUAAUGAACAAAACAAUUGUUCCCCGACUUACAGACUUCGUAGAAUUCCUUUGGGAUCCUUUAUCAACCUCACAGACGACAAGUUUAAUAACACAUUGCAAAGUGAUUCUUGAAGAACAUUCCACUUGUGAAAAUGAAGUUAGUAAAAGCAAACAGGAUUUACUUAAAUCCAUUGUUUUGAGAAUGAAGAGGGCAGUGGAAGAUGAUAUCUUUAUCCCUCUGUAUCCAAAGAGUGCUGUAGAAAACAAAACAUCACCACAUUCAAAGUUCCAAGAAAGACAGUUCUGGUCAGGCCUAAAGCUCUUCCGCAAUAUUCUUCUUUGGAAUGGACUUCUUACAGAUGACACCUUGCAAGAACUAGGACUAGGGAAGCUGCUAAAUCGUUACCUUCUUAUAGCUCUUCUCAAUGCCACACCGGGGCCAGAUGUGGUUAAAAAGUGCAACCAGGUGGCAGCAUGUCUACCAGAAAACUGGUUUGAAAAUUCUGCCAUGAGGACAUCUAUUCCACAGCUAGAAAACUUCAUUCACUUUUUAUUGCAGUCUGCACAUAAAUUAUCUAGAAGUGAAUUCAGCUUUUCAUUCACAUAAAGAAUGUAAAAUUUGGCUGGGCACAGUGGCUCGUGCCUGUAAUCCCAGCACUUUGGGAGACUGGGGCGGGCAUAUCACCUGAGGUCAGGAGUUCAUGACCAGCCUGACCAACAUGGAGAAACCUCUACUAAAAAUACAAAAUUAGCCAGGCGUGGUGGUGCACAUCUGUAAUCUCAGCUACUCAGGAGGCUGAGGCAGGAGAAUUGCUUGAACCCGGGAAGCGGAAGUUGCGGUGAGCCGAGACAGUGACAUCGCACUCCAGCCUGGACAACGAGCGAAACUCCAUCUCAAAAAGAAAAGUGAAAUUUUUGCAGAAUCAGACAGAUGACUUUAAAGAAUUUUUUUCAUGAUGAAAAAACCAUCUCAAAACAAUCGAUUUUUGCAUUUCUUAGGUCCUUGACAAAAUGAUACUUAGAUAUACCUAAGAAAUGCCGUGUGAUACAAAUCCUGAAAAAGACAUCAUGAGAAAAUAACAGCAAUAUCUAUCAUGAAUGUAGAAAUAAAACUCCUUAAAAUAGCAAAUCAAAUCCAGCAAUGUAUAAAAAAAUGGUAAUAUAUCAUAACCAAAUAGGGUUUGUUUGGAAAGUAAGGUUGGUUUAGCAUUAGAAAGUCAGCCAGUGUAAUCACUCAUAAACAGAAUAAAGGAGAAAAUCCACAUCUCGAUGACUGUACCAACGAAUCAUCUCUUACUACAAAAAAGUGUUUGACAAAAUUCAGCACCCCCGAGACUACAAAAACCUUUCAGCAAAGUAGGUAUCUAAAUUCCUCAAUCUGAUAAAGGGCAUCUGUGAGAAAAAUCUAUACCUAACAUAUAGGUGAAAUAUUAAAGCAAGCAUUUCUGCUCUCACCAUUUUCUGUUCAGUAUUGUUCCAGAAGACAUAGUCAUACAAUCAGUCAAGAAAAAAGUAGGCAUAAACAUUGAAAAGAGUUAAGAUAGUCCAUUAGUUCACCAGAUGCAGUGGCUCAACCUGUAAUCCCAACACUUUGUAAGACUGAGCUGGGAGAAUUGUUUGAUGCCCGGAGUUCAAGAUGAGCCUUGGCAACAAGCUUGUUGUAAACAUGAAGAGAAAUGAAAUGUCUUACACAGCAUCCAGCACAUAGGAGCCUUCUAAUGAGGCAGAAUAGCCUAUCCCUGAAAAAGUGAAAGAUACAUCAUUUCUCUAAUCCUUCUAACAGGAUAAACUAAAUUUUUGAUCUUUCUUGAAUUAUAUAAAAGGCUUAGGGAGUUAUUUCUUUUAAGCUUAUAACUUCCCAUCACAACACUACAGGGUAGGUUAGAAAAUAUAUACACUUGAACAACAUGGUAGAGUAGGCACAUUCAACAUCAGAAACACUGAAAAACAAGCUGGGGCUGGGUGUGGUGGCUUACAUCUGUACUUGCAGCACUUUGGGAAGCUAAGCUGAGAGGAUCGCUUGAGGCCAGGAGUUCGAGAUCAGCCUAGUCAGCAUAGUGAGACCCCAUCUUUAAAAAAUAAUUAAAAAAAAAAAAAAAAAAAAACAGGAACAGGCAUAGCCAGUUUUGUCAUAACUCUGGAAAACAGUAAAAUGUUUUAUAGCAAUGAAGCAAAUGCUGAAUCAAGAACAAGCAACUUUAAAAUGGUGAGAAAGCCUUCUGACAUUUCUGUUUGCCUUUACCCCACAAGCUCCCUGGUGUUGCAGCAGUCUUGAAAACAGCAACUACAUUCUGUGUUGGACCCUGAUUCCCAUUUCUAGAGGAAGCAGAGCAGAACUUACAAAUUCUUGUUUAAGUCUCUUGUAGCCUGUUUGGGGCUACUUAAAGGAUUGACAGAGCACUCAUCGCUAUUUUACCUAACUUAGAACUCAGGCCAGAAAAAGUAGCAUCACUUGAAAAAAGUGCAAGGUGAACAAACAACCUGCAAACACCUGGGUUGAAAGACUAUAGUCAAGAUAUCCAAAAACCUGUCUAUGUUCUGGGAGAAAAGGCUACAAAGGAGUUUCUUUGGGAAAUUAGAAUAUUCAACAGCACAUACAGGGAGAUUUAGAAAACUACCUGCAUACAUAGCAAGAAGGAUGCUCAGACAAGACCUGCAAAGACCCUACAGUAUUGGGGCUGAUUGCUAGGCUCAGUACAAGCCUGGCUAAGUAUUGAGGGAAGAGCCCAGCACAGAACCAAUCUGUAAAAACUGGAAAGAUUGGGAGAGAUGUUUGUCAACUAGCUUUAACUCCUUUAUUUUAGAAGUAAAACAUGACAUCUAGCAAUUCCACUCAAGACAUAUACCCAAAAGAACUUAAAUACAUAUACAUACAUACUUGUUAUGUCAAUAUUUACUGCAUUAUUCACAAUAGCCAAAAGGUAGAAAUAUCCCAACGUUCAACAGAAGAUGGAUGAAGAAAUAGAAUGUGUAUACAAUGGAAUAUUAUUUAGUCAUAAAAACAAAUGAAAUUGAUACAUGCCACAAUACAGGUGAAUCUUAGAAACAUUAUGCUAUGUGAAGUAAGACAGACACAAAAGGACAAAUAUUGGAUGGUUCUGCUAAUAAGUAACUAUAAUAGGCAAAUUAAUAGAAGGUAGAUUCAACCAAGCACAGUAGCUCAUGCCUAUAAUCCUAGCACUUUGAGAGCCAAGGUGGAGGACUGCUUGAGGCCAGGAGCAUAGGAAACAUAGCAAGACCACAUCUCUACAAAAAACCAGCCACAUGUGCCUGUAGUCCUAGCUACUCAAGGAGGCUGAGGUGGGAGGAUUCCUGGAGCCCAAAAUUUUGAGGCUGCAGUGAGCUAUGGUCACACCAUUGCACUCCUACCUGGGUGAUGGAAUAAGGCCUUAUCUCAAAAAUGAAAGAUUUGAGGUUACCUGGGGCUGGGAGAGAUACAGGAGUGACGUUAUUGCUUAACAGUUAACAGAAUUUCGGUUUGGGGUGAUGAGAAAAUUUUGGAAACAGUAAUAAUAAUUUCACAACACUGUGAAGGUAAUUAAUGCCUCUGAAUUGUAUGUCAAAUGUUUACAAUGGCAAAUUAUGUUAUAUAUGUCCUACCACAAUAAAAAAGCUUUAGACUA